AUCACCUCUCGCCCACCUGACAUCCGCUCUCUCUCUCUCUCUCUUUAGCCAUCCGGCUGAGACGCUCGCGGUCUCGCGAUCCACUCCGCCGUCAUGGCCAUGGGCCUUUCUGGUGGCUUCGUGACCGUGACCUCGCCCAGGCCAUCCCUGUGGUGUUCCUCUUUGCACCACGUGCAACGUGCAAGGAGACAUGGGGAUGUCGUGGUGCCGGAGCCCUACUCACGUUGGCUAUGGCACUCCUGUGGGCAAUUCUCUUUGAUGACCUACGGCGCUGCAGCCCACAGGCGAUGGGGCUGUUGUUUCCUUUCCUUUCUGGUCUUGCUUGCAGGCCUCAACUAUUGGCGUGAGGCCACUGUCGGGUUCCGCCGACGGAUCGACAUGCUGGCGGUGGCUGUGACGGUGAUGUAUCACAGCUGCGUGGCCUUUGGUGUGCUUGGGAAUGGCUUGGACGCCCCCCCAACGGCCUUGCUGUGCCAUCCUGUGCGGCCCUUCCUGGGUGUCGGCCCCGCAGUUCCAGCACUUGGCCCGACAGGAUACGCCCUGCUGACGAUCUGCUUCGUUUCCAUGUACUUGCGCGCUCGCUUUUGGGCAGCCAAGAAGGAGUUCCAGAAAAGUACGCCCUGGCAUUUGGCUGUGCAUGCCAUGGGCAAUUUCGGGAACUUGAUGAUGUAUCCUGGCUUGAGACCAUGAGAGCAUGAGCGCAGCAAUGUAUGCGCCCCAAUGCUGUAGAUUCUAAAUUCUGUGCGACUCAA